AUGUCCAUUCGGUUGAAUAUCAGUUCAGUCGAAUUUUCGUCGACGAAGAGUCGGUGGGCCAAGUGCCCUUCGGUCAUUUGUUCGGCCACAUCCUCGCCCAUAGUUCCCAGGGGACUCCAUAGUCCCUCGGGGACUCGUGCCCUUAGGGAAAAGAUGGUGCGUUAUAGCAUUACAGUUCAAUACGACUUCCAGGAGAGCUCGCCCAGCGCAGGGCCGGCGGAGGGCCUCGCGCGCGGGGAGAAGGGCUCGCCAAGGCCUGAGACGCUGCCAUACUUCGCGUGCGCCCUGGUGUCCGACAUCCUCCUGCAAGGGACUCUCUACAUCACGCCCAACUUCUUCGCCUUCUACUCCAAGAUCUUCGGACACGUGAGCAGGCUACUGAUACCUGUGAGUCAGGUUGCUAGUGUACAGAAAGAACGAACUGCGAAAAUUAUUCCAAAUGCCGUUGGACUUCAUAUGGUGGAUGGGAAGAGCUAUGUGUUUGGGUCUUUGUUAUCACGGGAUUCCACAUACAAGCUUAUGAACCACAUUCUGAAGAAGGCACAGCAAAUUGGAGACAGUGAUAGUGAGCCGCCAUCUGCUGUGCAGGUGGCCGUUGACGAUGAUGGGGAAGACUCAGUCUCAGCCAGUGCAGAGAGUCUUAUGGAGGAGGAUCAGGCUGAUGGAUUCCUUGCAACUAGCCAAGUAGUUGACCUGGUGGGGGUCACUGCAACUACAACCACUCCGUGGAUCCGAGAUGGAUGCACAGCAACCACCACCUCAAGCAUUACAAGUAGUUCCAACACUACUGCCACAGCUUCCACCAUUAGUACUGCUGGUAUUCCUGGUCAUAAUCUUCCUGGAUCUCCAAAUUGUACCACUGUCUUACGCCGUGGAAGCUUAUCGAGUCCAAAGGCAGGAACAGAAGAGCCAGGAGGUGCAGGAGGAGGUGCAGGGGGAGGAGUAGGAGUAUUGUUUGAGUGGUUCACACAAGGAAGUUUAGUCAAGACCUGUUUCAAGGUUGGCAGCAUCCCAGUCAAGCUUAUAGGAGAAGGGGUAAAGGAACUAUGGUCUCUGCCAAGGACUUCAAUACUCCUCAUCAUAUCUACUUUGCUGCUACUCUUACUCUUUGCAUCAGCAGCUUUCAUGCUUCACAGAGUAGAUGUUUUAAGCCAACAACUUGGCUUAGAGAAAUAUGAUGAAUAUAAUGGUAUGUAUGAAGAGGUGCUACAAAUGCAACAGAGACUUCAUGCUGCAGCAUCAAGUGAGAUUGAAAAAACUUUAAGCAUACAAUUAAAGCAUAUAGCUACAGUUCGGCAGUCAUUAGAAGCAUUGGUGGUUCUCUUCAACAAGGAACCUCCUGUCAGUACAGCACAGAUACCAGACAAUACGUAACAACAGGUUCAGUGGGGUUGUGACACCUCAAACUGGAUCCCUGGUUACUGGAGUCAGGUUUCCCCUCCACCUAUUUUAGAAUUUCUGAAGGGUUUGAUUAUCCCUGAAGACAAUGAAGAAAAGAAAAUAGGAAAGAAAUGUCCUAGAUGAAAUUCAGUAUGAUAGUGAAAUUUGAAAAUUUUGUUUUUCUUUGUGUAUGUAUUAUUGUUGCCCUAAUGCAAAAAGUAUUCUUUUCAAAGAAGAAUGAUUGUUUAAAUUCUCUUUAUUACUAAGGGUAUAUGUGAAGUGAUUUGAGUUAUUAUUGCAGUGUACAUUAACAAUCAAAAAGAUUUAGUUUUCACACACUUGCACACUGAUUUUCUGAUAAUAGGAUAGAUAUUCAAGAAUCAGGAUUUUGAUUCAUUGUGAAGAUUUUUCCAGGUUUAUUUCAGAGGAUCUGAUAUGAAAGUGUUUUAUUGUCAUCACUGAACAUUGACAUUAAAUGGACUACUAAUCAAAAAAUAUGAGAGAUAAUCUACACUGCUCAAAGUAAAAUGACUUUCCAGUGUGUCAGCUAUCUAGUCAAAGGGUUGUUAUAUGUCUUAGAAAAAAGACAGUUAUUUAUGUACAGCCUUUCUUUAUGGGUUAAGGUUAAAUGGCUUAAAUGAAAAUAUAUGAAAAUAUUACAUUGAGAUUUAUGAAAAUGCAGAAUUUUUAAAUGUUGAGAUAUAUCUAGUCAAUCAUUAACUGAUAUCUUAACAGCAAUUAUGGCUUCCAGGCUGAAUUAAAGUUUACCCAAAUCA